UUUGAGGUUACUGAAAUGUGAAACUCACAUCGAAAGUAAUAUACUUACGUUAAAAGAAUGCGUAUAGGCUACUUUCAGGAUCCCCAGCCUUUUGCUUUGACUUGCUUAUGCGGAGUUAAAUAUUACAUUGGGGAGUCAGCUGCGCUAUAAUACUGCAUUAAGGUAAAAACUCAUCUGAACAUGCAGUACCGACUGUAAAAUUAAUACAUCUUCGCCGAUGAGAAAGUGAGGAACUGGAAAGCCGUCAGCGACUGCUGAAAAGCCUCUAGUCAUGUGCAUAUAUAUGUGACGUCAUUUUGUUGAAUAAAAUGCGAAUACGCGCUAUGAGAGACGCGCGAUACAAUUUUCACGAGGGUAAUGUAAGAACAGCAGGGAUAGAUUUAUUGUAGAGUCAUAAACAAUAGAGACUGGUAGGUAUACUUGCAGGAGCAGCAGAGCGUCUAAGGCAGAACGGUUGGGACUCAGAGCGUUUUGAAGUCGGACAGGUAUCGAUAUCAGAGAACGUGAUUGAUAAACCUCGGGCGCGUAAAGAACUCAGGCGAUUCUACAGCAUUUGCCAUGGAAACCAGUGGCAACAUUUCGGACUUUCUUUCAAACCCAGUGAUGUCGAAUAGCAGCGCAUUCUGCCGAAACUUCAGCAACAGCUCCAGUUUUGUGAACAUGAACAGCUCCAGAUGUGACAGGACGGCUGAGCUGGACAAAAGCUCAACUCCUGUGAUAGUGGCGAUCAUCAUCACUGCGUUAUACUCUAUAGUAUGUGUGGUGGGACUGUUGGGCAACGUUCUCGUCAUGUAUGUUAUUAUAAGAUAUACCAAAAUGAAAACUGCGACCAACAUCUACAUCUUCAACCUUGCUUUAGCAGAUGCCUUGGCAACAAGCACUCUACCGUUCCAGAGUGUGAAUUACCUGAUGGGUACGUGGCCCUUUGGAGACGUGCUGUGCAAGAUCGUGAUGUCCAUUGAUUACUACAACAUGUUCACCAGCAUCUUUACCCUCACCACUAUGAGUGUCGACCGUUACAUCGCUGUUUGCCACCCGGUUAAAGCCCUGGACUUCAGAACCCCCCGGAACGCCAAGAUUGUCAACGUGUGUAAUUGGAUCCUCUCAUCUGCCAUCGGUCUCCCUGUCAUGGUCAUGGCCUCCACCACUAUUGAGUACCACAGCAGUUCGUUUGCCGUCAUUGACUGCACUUUGCUUUUUCCCCAUCCUUCUUGGUACUGGGAGAACCUCCUGAAGAUCUGCGUCUUCAUCUUCGCCUUCAUCAUGCCCGUUCUCAUCAUCACCAUCUGUUACGGCUUAAUGAUUCUCCGCCUGAAGAGUGUGCGCAUGCUGUCUGGCUCCAAGGAGAAGGACCGCAACCUCCGGCGCAUCACCCGAAUGGUCCUGGUAGUGGUGGCGGUUUUCAUUGUUUGCUGGACACCGAUCCACAUCUUCGUCAUCAUCAAGGCCUUGGUGACCAUUCCCAGCUCGCUCCUGCAGACCGUCACCUGGCAUUUCUGCAUCGCCCUCGGCUACACCAACAGCUGCCUCAACCCGGUGCUCUACGCCUUCCUGGACGAGAACUUCAAGCGCUGUUUCAGGGAGUUCUGCGUUCCCAGUCCAUCCGUGCUGGACCUCCAGAACUCCACACGCACCAGGAACCCCCAGCGCGAGGGCCAGUCCAGCGGCCACACGGUAGACAGGACGAAUCAGCAGGUAUGACUAGUCCUGGAAAUGUCAUCACUGGAGUCCCGCUGCCAGCCCAGUGUUGACAUGAGCUCGGAUGUCACGCAGAUCACCACGGGUGUUUAACACCUUCCCCUAUAGGAACUGCGGUAGGUUGAACCAUCUUGCUAGGCCUCCUUACAAUUUCAGACUGUUGAAGUAGAUUUCAGUGUGAAAUACAACACAUACUAGAUUAUUGACCCCAAAAGACACCAAUAAGCUGAGCUUAUUUCACUAUCUGUGAUGUUCACAGCCAUGCAUCUGAUCCGUAUCCGUUAGGUUAGUCCAGCAUUCAAGAACUGUAUUUAUGUACUUAAAGUUGCAUCUUAAGUCCCCUUAACAUGUAAAUGUUACUAUAAGAAUAAUUAUUUUGUAACUGAUAGCACAGUUUUAUUUGUAGAAAGAAGAGAAUGUAUGAAUUAAUUUAGGAUCACAGAAAAUGUAAAUUAUGUAUUUAACAUAAAAUAUUCAGCCUUUAUCUGUCUCUGCCUUAAAUCAUACAGUAUUUCAAUUUUCGCUUGUUUUCAUGGCCAGCAAAGCGAUUUGGUUAAACUGUCUUGUUUAGUUAUGUUCCUUUGAAGUAAUUGAAAUUAAUCAUCAAAUGACUGUUAGAUGUGACGUGCGCUCUGUUUCUCUGAUUUACCGUGGACUUCAUAGAAAUGCCGAACACAAUAACAAAAACGCCUCUUGCAACAAUGGCUAAUUUUCAUGCUUCGGUGGUGACAAAUGUAUUGUGCUUGUGCUCUAAAGCAAAUCUCUUGUACUAAUGUAAAUGUCUAAUGUAAUUGUCUGAUUGUCACUCACACCAAGACACUCUGUCUGAAAAAAGGAAAUGUUUUAUGCUCUAAAAUACCUUGAAGAUCUAUGUGCAAGUGUUUCUGUAAGUUUUUAUAUACUGUAUGCAGCAUUAUAAAUAAAUCAUUCA